GACAGCUUUGCAGAGCUGUGCCAUUUGAAUUUAAGCUCGCACAUACACACACACACACAGCCACGCACUGUGCUCUCCAUUUCUGGCUUGCCUCCCAGCACAGAGUUGAGCUAGAGCUCGGGUUAAGUUUUUUCUUCUCACUCUGCUCCCUGCAGCGACAGCUUCUCCAGGCUCUGCUAGUCGGGACUCCCAAGCAAGCAUGGCGGACACCCCUUUGCAAAUUAUUGAGCAGCCCGCUCCUUCCGAGACCUCCGAGGAGCAAGCAGCUGAGGAGCCGAUUAAAUCAGACCAGAUCAAUGGCGUGAUGGUGCUCACCCUUCUGGACAAGAUCAUCGGGGCAGUGGAUCAGAUCCAGCUGACCCAGACGCAGCUGGAGGAGAGGCAACAAGAGAUGGAUAGCGCAGUGGCCAGCAUCCAGGGGGAACUGACCAAGCUCACCAAAGCACACACCACCACCAGCAACACCGUGAACAAGAUGCUGGAGAAAGUACGCAAGGUGAGCGUCAAUGUGAAAACCGUCCGGCAGAACCUGGAGAAGCAAGCCGGGCAGAUCAAGAAGCUGGAGGUCAACGAGGCGGAGCUGUUGAAGCGAAGGAACUUCAAAGUCAUGAUCUACCAGGAUGAAGUGAAGCUCCCGGCCAAGCUGAGCAUCAGCAAGUCUUUGAAGGAGACCGAGAGGGAAGAGAAGGAAGAGGAGGGCGUGGAGGUGCCUGUGGACGAGGACCGCGCCGAUGAGGACCGAAUCCAGCUCUCCUCAGAUGAGGAGGUGGAGGUUGAAGAGACCAUCGAGGAGUCCCGAGCAGAGCGGAUCAAGAGAAGUGGCAUGAAGAGGGUGGAUGACUUCAAGAAGGCUUUCUCCAAGGAGAAGAUGGAGAAGACCAAGCUAAAGACCAAGGAGAAUUUGGAGAGGACCAAACACAACUUGGAGAAGACCCGGCACAACCUGGAGAAGAGGAUGAACAAGCUGGGCACCAAGAUCGUAACCACUGAGAGGAGGGAGAAGAUGAAAACCUCUCGAGACAAGCUGAAGAAAUCCUUCACUCCCGACCACCCCAUCUACACCAGGUCCAAGACAGCAGUCUACAAGGUGCCACCCUUCACCUUCUACGUCAAGAAGAUCAGAGAGGGCGAGGUGGAGGUGAAAGCCACGGAGAUGGUGGAGGUGGGAGGAGAAGAGGCCGAGAACACGGAGCUGCUGAGGGAGGAGAGCCCUGAGAUGCACACGCUGCUGGAGAUCACGGAGGAGUCGGACGCAGUGCUGGUGGACAAGAGCGACAGUGAGUAGGAUGGGUGGCGGCACGGGAUGGACGGCUGAACACAUAACCUUUCACACUGCAAAAUCUCUCUUCGCCCCACGCGUCCUGGGGAACGUGUACCCGUCGUAUCAUUAUUCCUCUGGACGUCCAAGCCGACCCCCCGCCAUCCCAGACGAGGUGUCGUUUAUAUUUUAGUUUUAGCACACGGAGGAGUUAGGAACACCGGACUGUUUUCCUUACACUCGUUGUGGAGACCAUUCCUGCUGGCAGCCCUGUGAGAGCUUGCUAGCCACCAGGGACCCCGCUGAGUGGAAGCGUGCUAAAACCAAGAUAACUGCUGUACACCUGGGAACAUCCCUCUUUGCAGCUCUCCAAGACCUGAUGUCUAGAAUGCUUCUUGCCCGGCAAACUGCCCAGUGCUGGAGACCCCCCAGUCUGUCAGCCCGAGCAGCCAUCCCCCCAGGCAGAUGGAGGGGAACGCAGGAGCCCAGCUGGCUAGCAAGAGCAGAGAGAUGUUUCCCCCCCCGCCCGAAUGCCAGUUCCCGGGGCCGGGUGGUCUGGAAGAUCUCCAGCGGAAGGUGGAUCUCUGACAUGUCUUAGCAUGUGGCGAGGGAAGGGUUAAGCCGAUCCCACAGGCGAGUAGAGCACGUGUGAGGAUGGGCAAUGCCACAUGGGGCUGGGAAGGGCUCCCUGCCACUUCCUGACCCCAGAGGUUCAAAGAGUUAAUGGGCCAGUUCUGGAGAACCCAGCAUUGUGUAACACUUGGACAACAUGGGCUCCACAUUGCCUGGGUGGCAGCGAGAGCCCCUGGCAACGCGGGCAUCCUACACACACACACAGGACCCUGUCACUGCUGCCGGCUACACCGGGGCCACCCCAGGCCUUACCGGGACUGCCCCACAGGAACGGAGAGCUGAGCAUGUGCCUCACGCUCCUGUGUGUGUGUCUACAGUGCCCACGGCACAGGGGCGUAACCGUCCGCCGGCUGGGGCCCGCAACCACUUUGCUCCAGGAGGCUCGCUGUCACCCGCAGGGAGCUGCGUCGAGUCGGGUGUCCCACCCCGUCACCGGAGAGCGAGCCCUGUACCAUGUGGCAUCAGCAGCCGGGAGGUGCACGGUCGCUGGCCGGGGGAGGGUGCAGGCCGGGGGUGCUGCACGGUCACUGGCCGGGGGAGGGUGCAGGCCGGGGGUGCUGCACGGUCGCUGGCCGGGGGAGGGUGCAGGCCAGGGGUGCUGCACGGUCGCUGGCCGGGGGAGUGCAGGCCGGGGGAGCUGCACGGUCACUGGCCGGGGGAGUGCAGGCCAGGGGAGGGUGCAGGCCGGGGGAGCUGCACGAUCACUGGUUGGGGGAGGGUGCAGGCCGGGGGAGGGUGCAGGCCGGGGGAGCUGCACGGUCACUGGCUGGGGGAGGGUGCAUGCCGGGGGAGCUGCAUGGUCACUGGCCGGGGGAGUGCAGGCCAGGGGAGGGUGCAGGCCGGGGGAGCUGCACGGUCACUGGCCGGGGGAGGGUGCAGGCCGGGGGAGGGUGCAGGCCAGGGGAGCUGCAUGGUCGCUGGCCGGGGGAGGGUGCAGGCCGGUGGAGCUGCACGGUCACUGGUUGGGGGAGGGUGCAGGCCGGUGGAGCUGCACGGUCACUGGCCGGGGGAGGGUGCAGGCCAGGGGAGCUGCACGGUCACUGGCUGGGGGAGCGUGCAGGCCGGGAGAGCUGCACGGUCACUGGCCGGGGGAGGGUGCAGGCCGGGGGAGCUGCACGGUCGCUGGCCGGGGGAGGGUGCAGGCCGGGGGAGGGUGCAGGCCGGGGGUGCUGCACGAUCACUGGCCGGGGGAGGGUGCAGGCCGGGGGAGGGUGCAGGCCGAUGGAGCUGCACGGUCACUGGCCGGGGGAGGGUGCAGGCCGGGAGAGCUACACGGUCACUGGCCGGGGGAGGGUGCAGGCCAGGGGAGCUGCACGGUCACUGGCCGGGGGAGGGUGCAGGCCGGGAGAGCUGCACGGUCACUGGCCGGGGGAGGGUGCAGGCCAGGGGAGCUGCACGGUCGCUGGCCGGGGGAGGGUGCAGGUGGGGGUGCUGCACGGUCACUGGCCGGGGGAGGGUGCAGGCCGGGGGUGCUGCACGGUCGCUGGCCGGGGGAGGGUGCAGGUGGGGGUGCUGGAGGGCCCAGGGUGCGGCUGUGACUCAUUUCCAGGAGGGCUAGAGAACGUGCUGAUGCCACAGAAAGGGGACAGAGCAAGGAGCGCUCUUGGCCAGCCAGAGAGAAGUCUUGACACGAGUCUGUGGGCCUGAUCCUGAGCAGCUGAGUCUCUGCAGGGAGUCCCGGCACGGCUCAGGCUCAGGGCCCUACAUAUCCCCCCAGCCUCCCCGCUUGCUGCCAUGCUCACUUUCAUAGUUGAUGUCAGAUGCCCAGCGCAGUUCUAGGAUGCUUGAGCGCCAAGCGCCUGCUCCAGCUUUCCUAUCCGCACGCACCGCAGCUGCUUAGCGGGCUCCCUGCAGCCCUGGCAGCACGGAGGGAGGGGCCGCGUGUGCUGGGACACGGUGUGUCUCCUGACCAGCCGACGUCGGCUUUGGGGCUGGCAAUUCCCAACCCCCACCCUGCCCCUUUGCAGCCCCUCAGGUGGCAGGGGACACAGGGUGGUUUGGCUUGUGUUUGUGCCCAUCCUUCCCUUAGUUCAGACCCGCUGGGCACAGCCCAGCCCCUGGCACACGCGGCCGCCGUCCUGACUGCCAUAUGACACACAGGAGAGCAGAGUUUUGUUGUUAACGUAGCCACAAUAUAUAAACUUGCUUCUUUGUUAAGAGCAUUUUCUUUCUUAUUGCCCGUCCCACUCCCACCCCCGGGGUCCUUCCCCUGCAGCAAAGCUCACGGCCUGCCCAGCCAUGCCCAGGCCAAAGUGGGCACGGCCGCAGCCCCUGGGCUCUGUGCCAGGCUCCCUGGUGGGUUCUCGCUAAGCCACGAGAAGGCAUCUCUGGACCCCUGUGCUGCCCCCACGGAUGGGCAGGAAGAGAUGGGGUUGGAUGGGUCUUUGCCAUGCUCUGCCCUUCCCUGCCAACCCCAUGAUGGCACCACCACUGGGGGGGGAUGCCAGGCCCCAGGCAGUGGCAGUCCCCGGGGGGCAGGGGAGCCUUGCUUGCCCUCGGUUGGGAUCUUUGCUCACUGCCGGAGCUGCCCUUCGCUGUUCGCCACGGGCACCCCCCGCAGCUGGCGGAGAAACCAGAUGUUCUGCAGCCCCCCAGCCCAGGGCAGGCCGAGUCUUCGCCCCUCUGCCUAGGGCCAUUCCUUCAGCAUGUGCGUGGGGACCCAGUGACUGGCUGUGCCCCGCACCCCCCCGUGCAGCCCAGCCCAUGGCAGGGGAGGUGCCAGCUGGUGAAGGAGUGGCCAGGGCAGGGGGCUGUUCACCCUCUGUCUGUUUCCAGGGGCCCAUCUAUUGUUUUUUACAGAUAUAUUUUUCUUACCGAGAAGCAGAGUAAGCAACUCCCAGGGCACAGACGGGCGCUUGGCUCGAGCGGCCCAAGGCCACCAGGGUUUGGUACCGCACUAAGCAGCUCUGACCCCGGAGGGAGGGAGCCGAGCGGGUCCACGGGGCAGAGCGCGAGUCCUGGGCCCUCCCGAGCCCAAGGUGAUGAGCUGGGGGCCAUGGGAGGCGGGCGGAGCUUUAUCCAUUUUCUAUGACUGCAUCCUGGUGAGCAGCCCGACCAAUAAAGUUUCUUUUCUAAAA